AUGUCGGGAAUCAACGCAGGAGACAACAAGCUCGUCUUCGAGAGUAGCGAAGAGGUCAAGGUCGCACCCACGUUUGACUCGAUGGGCCUCAAAGAAGACCUCCUCCGCGGCAUCUACGCUUACAACUUUGAGAAACCAUCGGCGAUCCAGCAGCGAGCCAUUCUCCCUAUCAUCCGCGGCAGGGACGUCAUCGCACAGGCCCAGUCCGGCACCGGAAAGACGGCCACCUUCUCUAUCUCCAUGCUCCAGUCCAUCGACACCACCCUCCGCGACACCCAGGCACUCGUCCUAAGCCCCACACGCGAACUCGCGACACAGAUCCAGAGCGUAGUCCUCGCCCUCGGCGACUACAUGAACGUUCAAUGCCAUGCUUGCAUCGGAGGGACCUCGAUCGGCGAAGAUAUCCGCAAGCUCGACUAUGGCCAGCACAUUGUGUCGGGCACGCCCGGACGCGUCUUUGACAUGAUCCGCAGGAGGCACCUCCGCACCAAAAACAUCAAGAUGCUCAUCCUCGACGAGAGCGACGAGCUGCUCAACAUGGGCUUCAAGGACCAGAUCUACGACGUGUACCGCUACCUGCCGCCCGCCACCCAGGUCGUCCUGCUCUCGGCGACGCUGCCCCACGACGUACUCGAGAUGACGACCAAGUUUAUGACGGAUCCGAUCCGCAUCCUCGUCAAGCGCGACGAGCUGACGCUGGAGGGCAUCAAGCAGUUCUUUGUCGCCGUCGAAAAGGAGGACUGGAAGUUCGACACGCUGUGCGACCUCUACGACACGCUCACCAUCACCCAGGCCGUCAUCUUCUGCAACACGCGGCGCAAGGUCGACUGGCUGACGGAAAAGAUGCGCGAGAACAACUUCCAGAUCAGCAGCAUGCACGGCGAGAUGCAGCAAAAGGAGCGCGACGCCAUCAUGAGCGAGUUCCGGCAGGGCUCGAGCCGCGUCCUCAUCACGACCGACGUGUGGGCCCGCGGCAUCGACGUCAGCAACAUUUCCCUCGUCAUCAACUACGAUUUGCCCAGCAACCGAGAAAACUACAUCCACCGCAUCGGCAGAUCAGGCCGUUUCGGCCGCAAGGGAGUCGCCAUCAACUUUGUCACAGUCGAGGACGUUAGGAUUCUUCGAGACAUUGAGCAGUUCUACAGCACCCAGAUCGACGAGAUGCCCGUCAAGCUCGAAGAUAUGCUCUAG